UUUUAUCCACUUCUUCUCCAAUGGCUUACUCGAAGCUUGAAACCCCCCGAAAAUGGCGACUCCAAUUCAAACUCCCAUGGCCAUGGCCUUAGCUUCUUCAUCCUCUAAUUUCCUUUCCCUUCCUCGCUCUCCAGCACACCUCUCACUCCCGCCAAAGCGGCCGCUUCUCCAUCCCAAACCACGCCUCUCUGUUACUUCCGUAGCCUCUCCAGAUUUAGACCCAUCGUUGCCCUCAAACGUUCACACCUUCUGGCAAUGGCUUCGCCAGGAAGGUGUCGUCUCCUCCAAGACUCACGUGAAGCCUGCAAUUUUCCCCGAAGGACUCGGACUAGCCACCACCAAAAACCUAGCCAAGAACGAGGUCGUUUUGGAAGUUCCCAAACGAUUCUGGAUAAAUCCCGAUGCGGUUGCUGAUUCCGAGAUUGGUAAUGUGUGUAGUGGAUUGAAACCAUGGAUUUCUGUUGCUCUGUUUUUGAUUAGAGAAAAUCUCAAGGAUGACUCGCGUUGGCGACACUACCUCGAUAUUCUCCCCUCGGAAACGGAUUCCACUGUGUUUUGGUCUGAAGAGGAGCUUGCAGAGAUCCAAGGAACCCAACUUCUGAGUACGACUUUGAAUGUAAAAGAAUAUGUUAAGAGCGAAUUUCUCAAGGUUGAAGAAGAGAUAUUGCUCCGCCAUAAAGAUCUAUUUCCUUCUCCAAUCACACUGGAUGACUUCUUUUGGGCUUUUGGGAUACUCAGAUCAAGGGCAUUUUCCCGACUCAGAGGCCAAAACCUUGUUUUGAUCCCUUUUGCGGACUUGGUCAACCAUAGUGCUAACGUAACCUCAGAAGAACAUGCAUGGGAGGUUAAGGGACCGGCAGGUCUCUUCUCAUGGGAUGUCCUAUUCUCUCUUCGGUCCCCAAUUUCCGUGAAGGCUAGUGAGCAGGUUUUUAUCCAAUAUGACUUAAAAAAGAGCAAUGCAGACUUAGCUCUUGACUAUGGGUUCAUAGAGCCAACAGCCAACCGCAACGCAUAUACACUGACGUUAGAGAUACCAGAGUCCGACCUUUUCUUUGAUGACAAGCUAGAUAUUGCUGAGACAAAUGGACUUGGUGAGACUGCUUAUUUUGACAUUGUUUUGGAGCGUCCUUUUCCACCUGCAAUGCUUCCCUUCCUGCGGCUGCUAGCACUCGGAGGCACAGAUGCAUUCCUUUUGGAAUCUCUGUUUAGAAACUCAAUCUGGGGUCAUCUUGAAAUGCCUGUUAGUCGAGCAAAUGAAGAGCUUGUAUGUCAAGUGGUCAUAAAUGCUUGUGAGGCUGCGCUUUCUGGCUACAAUACCACCAUUGAAGAGGAUGAGAAGCUAAAAGAAGAAAAUCUUGAUUCAAGAUUGAGGAUUGCUGUUGGAAUAAGAGAAGGGGAGAAAAGGGUAUUGCAGCAAAUAAUCCAAAUUUUCAAAGACAGGGAACUGGAAUUAGAUCAAUUGGAAUAUUACCAAGAAAGGAGGCUAAAGGAUCUUGGGCUAUGUGGGGAGCAAGGUGAAAUUAUCUUUUGGGAGUCUAAAUAGGAGGCCCUCUAAUGCCUUGCCAAAAAUACUGAAGGGAACAUCAAAACACCAUUUUUCAGGGUUCAAAUACAUGGGCUUUCAACAUUAACGAAAUUGAGGUGUUCUAAUUCACUUGAUGUUUCAAUAAUUAAUCAGUGAAUAAAAUUGGUUUCUUCUAAAAUCAAA